AUGGAUCAGCAACCGCGUAAACGUGCAGCGAAGCUAUUCCACAAAAAGUCUCGUACUGGUUGUCAGCAAUGUCGCAACCGCCGUGUAAAGUGCGAUGAAGCCAAGCCGGUGUGCUCUCACUGUAAUCGCCUGGAACUGCCAUGUACAUACGGCCAUGCACCAUCGCCUAAGAGCGAACCUCCAGUCGAGGCCGCUGUCGAGCCUCCAGAAUCAGAGUAUCGCAGAAAACUAGAACUUGGCCUGUUCUAUCAGUACAUGACCGACACAGGCCCAUCUCUUGUUGUGGAUGAUGCUACUGUUCACUUCUGGGUCACGACUUCAUGUCGACUGGCUCUCAAAUCCGAUGCACUGCUCUACGCUAUGUAUAUGGUAGUCGCCCUGCAGACGGAACACCGCAGCGGAUUCACGGAUCUAGAAGCCAGCGACACUUGUCGAACAUAUCUAAACCUGGCGCUUCGUGAACACCAUAAGGAUGUCGCGGAGAUGAAUGCCCAGAACAUAGAAUACAUCUGUCUGACUUCGAGCAUGCUGCGUAUUUACGGGUUUGUCAGACUUCAAGGCCGUUCGCUGCAGCCGUAUACUCCUCCUAUGGACUGGCUGCGCAUCACGGGCAGUAGCACAGCUGUUUUUAGACAAGCGUGGGAUCUCAUUAAGGACAAGCCCAAAUCGGUCGCCUACGAGAUGAUUGAGAGUACUUCUGAUUUUCGUGACGAUAGCGAAAGUGAAGAGUUGCGGCGAGAUCUAGAGCACUUGAUGAGUCGUGAAAAGCCACACGAGCUGGAAGAGCCGUGGGAUUCUGAGACGGAAGCAGCAUAUGCAGGAGCCCUCAAUUCCAUAGGAGGUAUAUGGAAAGCCCUAGAUAGUCAACGCCCUGCAGGGGGCGUCGGAAGGAGAGUCGUCGUGUUCCCCAUGCUGCUCAACAAGCGGUUUGCGGACAUGGUGGAGGAGGUUAGGCCACGGGCGCUUGUUAUCCUUGCACACUACUUUGCUCUUCUGGCAAUUCUGAGUCGGGUCUGGUGGAUUGGCGACUCUGGGCCCAGAGAGGUUCGAGCCAUUGCCGCUAUCCUGCCUGAUGAAUGGCAAGGACUGCUUGAUUGGCCAAAGAGGAUUUUGCAGGAACAUUAUGUAGCUGGAGAGAACAAGGAGUGA